CUCGAUCGCCCUUCUGCCCUCGCCGCGUCGUCGGACCGCUCGUCAAAAUGAUCCCUUCGCAUUCGCAGUUCGCCUCGCUCCCCCAUCCUCUUCCGCCGCCGCCGCGGCUCCUGAACCUGCCGUCAUUCCGGCCGAGGGCCACGCUCCUCUCCCGCGUCUUCCGCGUCCCCUCGGGGCGAUGCCACCGUCAGCGACGCCCUUGGGGCGGCGGAACGGUGCGGGCUCUGGACGCAGCCCAAGCGUUCGACUACGAGUCGCGGGCGUCAGAGGAGUUGGAGCAGCGCGCGUGCCUCAAGAUCGCGAUCGUCGGCUUCGGCAACUUCGGGCAGUUCCUGGCCCGCACGUUCGCUGCGCAGGGCCACGCCAUCCUCGCCUACUCCCGCUCCGAUCACUCCGCCGUCGCUGGAUCCCUCGGCGCCGCCUUCUUCCGCGACCCUCACGAUCUGUGCGAGCAGCACCCGGAUGUGGUGCUCCUAUGCACCUCCAUCCUCUCCGCCGAGGCCGUCCUCCGCUCCCUCCCCUUUCAGCGCCUCCGGCGCAGCACCCUCUUCGUCGACGUGCUCUCCGUCAAGGAGUUCCCCAAGAACCUCCUCCUCCACAUCCUGCCACCGGACUUCGACAUCCUCUGCACCCACCCCAUGUUCGGCCCUGAGAGCGGCAAACACGGAUGGGCAGGUCUCCCCUUCGUCUACGACAAGGUUCGCAUCGGUGACUCAGAGGACCGCGUCGACCGAUGCCGCCGCUUCCUCGACAUCUUCGCUCGGGAGGGCUGCCGCAUGGUCGAAAUGUCCUGCGCUGAGCACGACGAGAACGCCGCCGAGAUCCAGUUCCUGACCCACACCGUCGGCCGCAUCCUCGCCAAGCUCGACCUUAAGUCCACUCCCAUCAACACCAAGGGCUACGAGACCCUGCUCAAACUCGUAGAGAACACCUGUAGCGACAGUUUCGACCUUUACAACGGCCUCUUCAUGUACAACAAGAACUCUACCGAGUUGCUUGAACGCCUCGAGCUCGCCUUCGAUUCCCUCAAGAAGGAGCUCUUCGGCCGCCUGCAUGACAUCCUGCGCAAGCAGCUCUUCGAGAGCCCUAACGGCAGUAGUGCGCCUGUCGCCAAGGAUAAUUGAAGAAUGUCCUUUUUCUUUUCUUGUCACUAUGUAUGCAAGUAGUUUUCUUUUUCCGGUUACUUAGUUAUCAUUCAAUGUUAUCCUUUUCUUUUCCUCCCACAGGAUUUCCAGUCCUAUGCGGAGAUGCAUUCGGUAGGCUGGUUUAUGAAGAUAACAAUCACGUAGUUGGCAAGUGCCAAUGGAUCAGGGAAAGGAUAUUCUUACUGCAUUAUAGUCGGAUCCUCCUUGCAGUAACGUAUCAUUCUUUCACGUGUCCUUAACACCGACAAAAUUUCGCUGGCCAAGUUGCCCACAUGUUGUCCCCAUAAUGCAUGAGAGAAAACCCGUCUAAAAGGAAAUGUAGUACAAAUUUUGGUAUUUCAGAUUCGUUUGUGGUACCGAGACAUAGAAUUACAACUCCUCCUGACAAUCUAGUAAAACAUUUUCAGAAAAUCAUGUCUGCUUGCAGGCAUAGAUUUGUUGUGUAGAAUUCUGUUUCGUAGAAGGUUUGUGGUCCUCUUCACGUUGUGGAGAAUGGAGAUGCAGGGUCUCACUGAGGUGAAUGAGCACUUGAAUAACUAUGGAAGAAGUUCUUUAAUGGUCAUUGUUGCAGAAAAUUAUUGGAGAUUUGUACAUGUGGAGCAGUGAAUGUCUUGUUGCCGAAAUUUUUUUUGUUGCCAAAUGUUAUUAAGAUCUUGUGCAAGUGGCUCAAGACAAUGACAAAACCAAUACGAGCCAGUUUUUAACCAUGGCAUUGGGCUUUAUUUUUCCUUGCUACAUAUCUUAAUAAUGAAAAGUUGAUUAAGAUGUC